AGGAAAUUUGUGUUGCAGGUCUUUUUCUUUUCGCAUUGCUCCAAAAGAAAAAGGUGUAUCUCUAGCGGCACAACCUUCACAUUUGGUCUGCCUCAUCAGCAAAGGAAUAGCUUUCCCUUGACGUUGCAGAAGCACCUUCUCUUCCCCUCGCUCUCAAAGACACACACACACACUCAUACACACAAGCAUGUCAUCCCUUUCUACCUUUCUCAAAGAAGACAAGCCAGCGUCUGCGAACCUUUUCAGGGCCACGAGUACAUCGACGGUUGUCUUGCCCACUGUCAACCUUCCGGUGCUGUCCCCCGGCUAUCCCCUCGCCCCCAACACCACCGCCCUAGAGGCUUCGACAUCGCGUUAUUUUCAACCCGGGCAGAAUCCGUACGGUAAGCGGGGCCGAUCCUCAGCCGAUACUGCGCUGGCCGCUAUUCCCCUCAGCGUCCUCGACACCCUCUGCGUUGAGGAAAACGCACAAGAGAGCAGCGAAGGUGCAUUAACAAGCGCAUCUCCCACCGUAACGCCGUCAACGACCAACGCAGCUUCCGCUGCUCGCACGAAGGCGUACCUUACGAAGUUGUUCCAGGCACCGGCCAGGUGUGAGCAGGAUUUGUACCGUCUUGUCGAUGUAGCGCACUGUCGGCGAACCCUCCAUGAGGAGGAAGCAGCUGUGAUGAAGAGCCGGACUGUCGCCUCCGCCAGCGGUGCUGCGAUGCAGAAGGUGAGCGCGUUUAACUCCUGCUUGACCAUCGGGCAGCACCGCCGCUACCGCGCUGUGGUGCUGGAGUGGCUGCGGCACCAGCCCUCCCGCUCCGCCCCGCCGGACUCUGGCGAGGUCCUCAAGGUGGUUCAGCAGGAGCAGCGACUUUUUUUGGAGGUGCUGCGUCGCGAAGUGGUCGCCCGUUUCUCCUCGACGCGGCCGUCGAUGUACGAGCUGCUCACACCUGCACUCAUUGCCUACGCAAAAGCUCACCGUAUUGCUCAGAUGCGGCAGCGGCUAAUUUGCUUUCUCGAGGACGCCAAGGCGCACGAAGCGGAGCUGCUCCUGUGCUGCUGCCCCCCCUCCACGCCGAACCAAAGCGGCGACACCGCCGGCAACGUCGACGCGGACUACGCAGCGGUGACCUUUGAGCCGGAGGAGAGGGACGCCGACGUCUCGAAUCCGCCGACGCACACGCUGACGCGGCAGCAGCUGUACCAACGGCGGUACCCCAGCCUCCGCGUGCUGCAGUGGCACAUGGCGAAGCUGUACAACUCGCAACAGACCGGCGUCGCGGCGCCGUUCCCCAAUCCGCUGGUUCAGAGCUCCUUGCUGGAGACCUCCGGGACGGGGGACGGAACGCUUGCACAGGAGACUUCUUCGCCGCUCACUGCCUCUCCUACGACGUCGCUGAAUCAUCGCACGUCACAAGGGCUACUACAGAACUUGUCAUCGCAUCUUUUGUUAAGCGCUCUUCCGCAGUUUACGUCGAACAGCGACCGCGGCGGCGAGUCAGAUGAAGAAGCAGGGGACGUCAGAAGCGGCGAAAAGGACGAGGGCACAAGAGCCGAUGGAGAGGGCAUUUCCUCUGCCUUCGUCGCCCGUCACCUGCCGUGUGACUCAGCAACGUCGCUUUCUGUGUCGACGCUGCGAAAAUAUGUCGAGCAACACCUGCUGCCGCGUUUCGGCUGGCGUCCUUCGAGGCCUAGAGGUAAUGGUAAUGGUGAAGUCGAUCCCGCGCAGACGGCGGGGCACCGCGAGGACGUCGUGGAGUCCAUCUCGCUGUCCAUUACGUUUGCUGGUUUGCUAAAGCUGUUUGUGGCCCACGUCGAUACCGAGGAGCCCCGCACGUCGUUUCGCGUCCCCGUGCGCGUGCACCUCACACCGAUUCGUCGAGAUGGGAAGGAGCACACCGCCAACGCUGCCAUCACCGCAGCACAGGCCGCACCAACAGCGCCACGUUACCACGCACAUGUGAUGGUGGGCGAUGCGGUGCCCAACGUGAAGGAGAGCCGUCACAGUGUGCAGCUGGCGGCGGCUGAGUGUCUCUUGCGCCUCCGACGAGCGGCGGGAGGUGAGGGCGAUGCGCCGGCGCACGAUGAGCAGGAGGAGAAGGACCACAGCGAAAACAGCGUUGUGUCGACGAGGAAGGACGAUGCGGAGGGAGACGUGGCUUCUGCGCUGCCUUUUGCCCGCUUGGAAGUGACGCGCAGCGCCACGAUGCAAAACACGGUGGAUAAGGGCGAGGCGGCGGUGCAGGCGGCGGGCGGUGAUCGGAUUAAGGCCUCCGCGGAGGUCUUUCUCGCCAUGAAGGAGGCCGUGGCGGAUGCGGCGCCGGUGCUGCGCUUUCACGUGUCGGCACCUGCGGAGGCGGAAGCACCGAAAGCAGCCGAAAGCCUGCCAAACGACCCCUCACAGGUAGAGCUUGUGUGGGCGAAGAUGGAACACCUCAAUGCGACCUCCGCCGGCACCCCGGUAACCCCGCAGACGGCCGCCGUGUACCUAUCCAACGAUGAAACGGCGGGGCGGUGCCCCUAUCUCUUAGAAUCUCUGUCGCCGCGAGAAAUGCUGCAGCUGGACCUGUGCUUCGCGUGCUACCCACAUGCUGUCGUGCACCUUCACCGAAUGCAACUGAUGCCGGCUGAUGAGGCGGAAGCGGUUGCCGCUGCCGACGCGACCGCUGGUGGGGCGGAAGUGGAGGGAGACGGAGUAUCGGAUCGCAUGCAUGUUCUCGCGAUGGAGACGCUGACGUGCGCGAGUUGGGCACUUCUACGCCAGCAACUGCAGAGCCGCCCGACGGAGUCGUUCAUUACGUCUCCGACUCCGACCGAGGUGUUGGGGACGCUGUCGUGGGAUCUGCUCUACGACACGUUGGCCUGGCUGCUGGACUCCGUCGAGCGUCGUGCCACAGACUCCCUUCGCGCGCAGGAAGCGUCCGAAGCAGCACCGAGCGCCACCGCAGACGGUGACCGCUUUAUUUUCCUCAUCCUGAGCAACCACGCAAAUCUGGUCAACACCAGCGCAAGCACAAAGCUGUACGCGAAGAAGCCGCGCUACGCCGACCGCGAGAUGGAAAACGUCGCCUCUACUUUCACGGAGAGCCGCUUUGCGGUGCGCUACGUUCUCCAGGAUGCAUCGGAGCUGUACCCCAACUACGAACCACGCGUCGACAUCAACUUCGAGGCAGACAAUCUCAAAUUUUUGGAAGAUGAUGGACAUGACCGCGAGAAUACUGACGACACGGAUGAUGACGAAGUGGGCGUCAGUCCGGUGGCCUCGCGGCUGUAUCGCGACCCGCAUAUGUGGAACGCCGACACCAUCCCGUUCACGUUUCAGAGAAGUACGCCAACUUCAGCGUCUGCCGCAUCCGCGUCGCGCAGUUGA